AUGGUAAUGCAUCUGUAUCACUGGGGAAUCAUUUAUGAUUCUCAGACCAAUAAACGAAUAAAAUGUCAUGUACCAAGCAAAAUUGUAGUAAGUCAACGAAUAGAAGGCAAUUUUGAACAAGUAGCAUGUGGUACGAAUUUUACUGUUGCCUUGGGUUCCAAUCACCGUGUAUAUGUCGUCGGUGAUGAACCUAAAUAUGGUCGACUUGGCCAAUGUGAUGACCAAACAAUAGUACCAACAUUAACUUUAGUCAAAGGUAAUAUUCCUCCGAUAGGUUUUAUCGCAUCUGGACCAUCAACAACUAUUUUAUUAGCUAUGGAUAAAAGAGAAUUAUGGGGCUUUGGAAAAGGUAUAGGCUGUGUCGCAAAACAAAUCCUGCAAAGUGAUCAGAUAAUAACGCAUUGUUGUUGUAGUGAAAAUUCACUAACUGUUGUUAUCGGUGGUAGUGAAAUAAAAGAACGACGUUUUAAUCGAGAUGGCUUUACGACAGAAUGGGUUUCUAUUUAUCAGUUGCCUGAUGCUAAUGAUAGAAUUCAGCACAUCGAUAUUGGUGCAUCUGUAAAUGGAUUUGUUACAGAGCAAGGUCAUGUUUAUUUAUGGGGACCUACCGUUCCUUAUGGGAAGGUUUCGAGUGAAGAGAAUUUUCGAAAUGUGUCGAUUGAUAAUCCAGUACAACGAGAUUUAAGAACUGACAAUAACGAACGACCAUUACAAAUAUCAUGUAGCCGCGGGCAAUUUCAUGCUCAUGUUUUAUUGCUUACCGAACAAGGAUCUAUUUAUUCGAUGGGCUCAAAUUAUAAGGCAAAGUUAGGUAUUGAAUCAAAUCAAUUAUUUACCGGUGAAUGGACACUAAUUGAAUCAACACGUUCAUGCCCAUUUAAAAGGAUAGCUUCAGGUGGAAUUCAUUCAAGUGCACUAUCAAACGAUGGCCGUGCUUUUACUUGGGGCUGUGGGUCAGACGGUCGCUUAGGACAUGCCGAAGCGCAAGGCCAUCGAUAUCUCUACAAAGAGCAUGAACCAAGACCCAUUGAUCUUUUUAAUAAUCAGCAAGUGGCAUCAAUUGCUACUUCGUAUUAUCAUAUGGCUGCGAUUGUUGUUCAAUAG